CGUGCUUGGGCGGAAGCGAGCGCGGCGCGCGGCGGCGCUGCUCUCCCGUGGCGCUGGGCUCGCGCGCGGAUCAGGCCCGACGCUCUCCGCCUCCAGGCCUUGCGCUCGGCCUCGUUCCGCGGCGUCCGCUCCUCCGGCAGCUCACAGCGUGUCUCGUGCGCCUGCCACUGCGGCCCCGAUGGCUCUGUGCAACGGAGACUCCAAGCUGGAGAAUGCUGGAGGAGACCUCAAGGAUGGCUGCCACCACUACGAAGGAGCUGUUGUCAUCUUGGACGCCGGUGCUCAGUAUGGGAAAGUCAUAGACCGGAGAGUGCGGGAACUCUUCGUACAGUCUGAAAUAUUCCCCUUGGAAACACCGGCCUUUGCCAUAAAGGAACAAGGAUUCCGUGCCAUUAUCAUCUCUGGAGGACCUAAUUCUGUGUAUGCAGAAGAUGCUCCCUGGUUUGACCCAGCAAUAUUCACCAUUGGCAAGCCUGUUCUUGGGAUUUGCUAUGGCAUGCAGAUGAUGAAUAAGGUAUUUGGAGGUACGGUGCACAAAAAAAGUGUUAGAGAAGAUGGAGUCUUCAACAUCAGUGUGGACAAUACAUGCUCAUUGUUCAGGGGCCUUCAAAAGGAGGAAAUUGUUCUGCUUACUCAUGGAGAUAGUGUUGACAAAGUAGCUGAUGGAUUUAAGGUUGUGGCACGUUCUGGAAACAUUGUAGCAGGUAUAGCAAAUGAGUCUAAAAAAUUAUACGGAGCACAGUUUCAUCCUGAAGUUGGCCUUACAGAAAAUGGGAAAGUAAUAUUGAAGAAUUUCCUUUAUGAUAUUGCUGGGUGCAGUGGGAACUUCACUGUGCAGAAYAGAGAACGUGAAUGCAUUCGGGAGAUCAAAGAGCAAGUUGGCACAUCAAAAGUCUUGGUUUUACUCAGUGGUGGUGUAGACUCAACGGUUUGUACAGCUUUGCUGAAUCGUGCGUUGAACCAAGAUCAAGUCAUUGCUGUGCACAUUGAUAAUGGCUUCAUGAGGAAACGAGAAAGCCAGUCUGUGGAGGAAGCCCUCAAAAAGCUUGGGAUUCAGGUCAAAGUGAUUAAUGCUGCUCAUUCCUUCUACAAUGGAACAACUACUUUACCAAUAUCAGAUGAAGACAGGACCCCUCGAAAAAGAAUUAGCAAAACAUUAAAUAUGACUACAAGUCCUGAGGAGAAAAGAAAAAUCAUUGGUGACACUUUUGUUAAGAUUGCCAAUGAGGUAAUUGGAGAGAUGAAUCUGAAGCCAGAGGAGGUUUUCCUUGCCCAAGGUACUUUACGACCUGAUCUAAUUGAAAGUGCAUCCCUUGUUGCCAGUGGCAAAGCUGAGCUCAUCAAAACCCAUCACAAUGACACAGAGCUCAUCAGAAAGUUGAGAGAAGAGGGAAAAGUAAUAGAACCUCUGAAAGAUUUUCAUAAAGAUGAAGUGAGAAUUUUAGGCAGAGAACUUGGACUUCCUGAAGAUUUAGUUUCCAGACAUCCAUUUCCAGGUCCUGGCCUGGCAAUCAGAGUGAUAUGUGCUGAAGAACCUUAUAUUUGUAAGGACUUUCCUGAAACCAACAAUAUUUUAAAAAUAGUAGCUGAUUUUUCUGCAAGUGUUAAGAAGCCUCAUACACUGUUACAAAGAGUCAAGGCCUGCACGACCGAGGAGGAUCAGGAGAAGCUGAUGCAGAUUACAAGCCUGCAUUCCCUGAGUGCCUUCUUGCUGCCCAUUAAAACUGUGGGUGUGCAGGGUGACUGUCGGUCCUACAGUUAUGUUUGUGGAAUCUCCAGUAAAGAUGAACCUGACUGGGAAUCGCUCAUCUUCCUUGCCCGGCUCAUUCCUCGGAUGUGUCACAACAUAAACAGAGUUGUCUACAUCUUUGGCCCACCAGUUAAGGAACCUCCUACCGACGUGACGCCCACUUUCUUAACAACAGGGGUGCUCAGCACUUUGCGCCAGAGGUCUGUGGUCAUUCGAACCUUCAUCACAAGUGACUUCAUGACUGGUGUGCCUGCGACACCUGGCAACGAGAUCCCUGUGGAGGUGGUGUUAAAGAUGGUCACUGAGAUUAAGAAGAUUCCUGGUAUUUCUCGAAUUAUGUAUGAUUUAACUUCAAAGCCCCCAGGAACUACUGAGUGGGAGUAAUAAACUUUUUGUUCUGUUAAAGUACUGUGUGCAGUUUAAAUUGAUUAGAAAUCAUUCUCAUUAUUAACAUUCAGUACUGUGAAAAAAGUUACUGGAGCAGCUCCAUCACAUCCAAGUUCUCCACAGCAAAGAUCUGCAGCUCCAGUGCAGAGUUAUGGAUAACCAAAAGGUACUGAAGAGUGUGGCUGGGCAGAUAGUCAACGCACUGCUGCCCACACCCAGACAGGCCAGUGCUGCUUUUGCCUCUGCCUUGUGCAUUCUUAGUAUAGAAUCACAGUUGCUAUGAUGUCUCUAUCUACGAAGGUGGAUGAGGGUGGGUGAUUGGCAGCAGGCCUCUUGUCUCCUUGCCAGUUUCUAAGAGGAGUUAGAAACACCCAGUGAUUAUCAGUGUGACUGUGUGUACCUUUUGGAGAAUUUGGGUUUCCCUGUGACAUUAUUUCUGUAAAGGGUGAGGAAGAGAUGAGACAAACUUCCUCAGACAAAGACAUAUGUGGGCUGAUCCAGUAGCCACUUUUACAAGAUACUGGAGCUGUUGAACGUAAGCUACGGUGGGUGAGAUGGGAAAACCACCUGGAAUUUAUGGAAGCACAUUAGGAUUUUAUGACAUCCCAGCUAUGGGCAGGAAGAAACUCUGAAUGUUCUCAAAUGUAUAUGAACGAUCUCACUGUUUUUAACCCUUGUUCCACGUCAGUGCCAUGUUCCUCAUGCCAGCCUGUUAACUGAUAAGGAACUCUCCCAGCCUGUGCAGCUGCUCCCAGAGCCUUGCAUGGAGUUUCUGCUCUAUCUCCUGAAGAGUCUUCUGUUUCCAUGAUGUUGUGGUGUCCAGUGUAACACAGGUGGAGCUCACGAGGAGACUUGAAACCCUUGUUUUGCUGGUCAGAGGAGUCCCAGGGCACAGAAGCCGUGAUGCAUGCCUGCAGCCCAUGAGGAGAGGAAGAUGCUUUCAUCAUCCAGUAAAGAGUUGUAAAAUGACCUCUUAGGUCCGUUCUUUAAACAGAUGCAAUACUUGCUACUCAGUCUGUGACCACUCUUGGCCCAUGCAAGCUAUUUGCCAAACCUUGUAAUCCUUUCUCCCAUCUAAUCUGUGUGCUUGAUGGCCAUUGCUGCCAGCUGUUAAACUGAUCCUUUAUAGCAUUCAUAUAAGCAUGACAGAAACCUACAGUCAGACUUCAAUUCUGCCACUAUUUCUCUUACAUUUUAGCUUAAGAUGCUGCCAUGUUUUUUUAUAGUCUCACCUUGGGUUGCUGCCUCUUACCUAAUUUAGGUCUUGUCUAAUAAUCAGGUACAAAUUUUGUUUGGGAUUCAGAGUGAGAAAAAACUUCUGUGUGGCAGAAGUCAUAUUGUCAUUCUGGCUGGUCCAGAGGCCCUCGCCAAAUUGCUGCUGGACCGACAAGGGCAGGUUCUGUCUGUCAUAGCAGACACCCUUGCCCAAAGCAGUGGAGUGUGCAUCUCCUGCAGAGCACAAAGGGUCAUUCUCCAUCCUGCUGAGGAGACGGUCAUAGUGUAGCCUUCCAGAAGGGAGGAUAUGAUAGUGACCUGGUCUUAAGAAAUUUUAACAAUGAAUUUAGAGCUAGAAUAGACCAGUUAUCAAAUGCUCACCAGCAUGCAUUCAUACAUGUUGAUGUUUAAAAAAAAAAAAAAAAACACAAACAAAAAACUCUUAUUGCAGACAUGUCCUAUGGUUUUUGUAUUCAAGCACACAGUGGGAAUUACAAAGAAUAUAUAGUAAGAUCACCUCCCCUGCUGGUCCCACAGAACGCUCUUCCACUGUGAUGUGAAAAUGGCCAGGUGACCAUAGAGGUUGGAUCCUGGACAUUCAUAGUAAAUGAUGUUCAGAACCCUUGAGAAAUUUGAAGUUAAAAAAAUAGUUUUUUAAGUUUGCCUCACUUUUGUGUUUUUGUGAUGUUUUCUUCUUAAACACCUCUUUAUAUAAAGCCUUCAACCUCUGCAGUACUGGGAAUCCAGCCCAGGCCCCCACACACUGGGCCAGUGCUCUAGCACUGAGCUGCGCCCCACCCUGUGUAAUCCUCCUCAGUACUAGAAAGAUGGUUUCCCCAAAACACCUUCAUGUGAUGUGAUUUAGUUUUUGAAAAUAUUUCCUGGAAUUCAGAACUUUCCUAAUACUUGAUGUCUGUCUUCCUUUGCACAGCACCUUACUUCAUGCCAUACAGUGUUCCCCAGACCUCCACGGUAUUCACCAAGCCACCGUAAAAAGGAAAGGUUGCAGAUCCAUUUACAGCUGAGGAAAUAAGCUCAACUCAGGAAUGGUUACCUAAUACAGUUAAGAAUUUUUUUUUUU